AGCUUCUCGUUGCCGCCGGAGGGAGGCUCCGUCAUCGUUCACACCUUUCCACCCCGUCCACUAACAGAAAGGACACACACAUAAAUGAUGGUUCAACAACACGUGAACUACGCGUGGCAUGUGGCGAAUUUUAACGAAGCCCUUUCCGACAGCGCUGCAGAUGCCGAUGCUCGUGCGUCACUGUCGCGCCUGCAUUUCGACAGGUUGGCGCAAGUGAUGAGUUUCAUGGGCCAGCAGUCCAUAGCCCGACAUUUCAGAACACUUGCCUCCGUGAGUCCACAGACAAGGUUGGAUGCGGAGAUGCUCAUGAGGCGGCCUGAACUGUGUGAGGAUGCGAAGAGAGCGCGAGUGGAAGGCAACCGUCUGAUGUUAGGGAUUUCGGCAACAGAGCGAACCAGAGCGCGGGUGCGGUUUGCGCAGUCGCUGUGGUGGGCAACUCGGUGCGGAUUACCACUUCUUCUCAACGUCGACAACUCACACGGGGAUAUCCUGAUGCUUCUGACGGAGUGUUUGAGACUCCGUGUGACGGCAUUGCGCAUCCAACUGACCUCCAAAACCGCCUGCCAGCGAGGUACUUCGUCGAUGUGCGACGGAAGCUGUGGAAGCUACGUCUGCGCGCUUCCGACAUUUUCAAACUUGGAGAAGCUUUCGUUGGUUUGCAAAGCGACUAUGGAUCAGAGUCUACUGACUGCUGCUGUGAAUCGCGCUCUCCGUGUGGCAGCGAAGUUGCCGGUCAGCGUCGUGGAGCUGGAUGGCUUUGUACAGCUGGAAGAUUUUUCUGCGCUGGCGGGCUCAGAGCACUUGUGCCACCUGACGGCCAAGCACUGUGGAAUACGAUCGGUGGCCGAUCUUGUGAGCUGUCCAAUGAUGUCCGUCCUAAACGUUUCCAACAACCAGCACCUGCAAAGUCUUACGGGUCUUUCAGGCGCACCGCGUCUCGAGCAAAUCUACGCACGCAGCUGCAAUUUGCAGAACUUAAAUGAUCUGGGCAGCUGUCCUCAUCUCAGCAAACUUGAUGUAACGAGCAACAGCUCUUUGAAAGACUUCGCAGGUCUCGCUGGUGCACCGUGUCUGGAGAAGCUCAUUGCAAGUUGCUGUGGGCUUCGAAGUGUAAGCGGACUCAACAUGUGCCCGUGGCUCAGCGUACUCGAUGUGAGCUACAACAGACAUCUACACGACCUCCGCGGCCUCUCUGGCGCGCCGUGCCUUCAUCUUCUUUCCGUCAGCGGAUGCGAACUGAAUGAUCUUCACGGCCUUAACAUUUGCUCGCGACUCAGUAAACUGAACGUGUCCAGCAACAAGACUUUGAAGGACCUGAUCGGGCUUGCUGGCGCCGCGUCUUCGAAACAUUAG